GGCAGCUCACGACUUUGCUCUUAUCCAUUUCAUAUAAUCAUGUCUGAUACGACCGGAAAGACUAUCACUUGCCUCGCUGCCGUCGCUUGGGAACCUGGCAAGCCCGUCACGCUCGAGACUGUCGAAGUAGCUCCACCGAAAGCUCACGAAGUCCGCAUUCACAUCCUCCACACCGGUAUCUGCCACACCGAUGCGUACACCUUGAGCGGGCAGGAUUCCGAGGGUAAAUUCCCCUGCAUCCUGGGUCAUGAAGGUGGAGGUAUCGUCGAAUCCGUUGGCGAGGGUGUCACCGAUGUGAAGCCUGGCGACCAUGUUAUCCCCCUCUACACUGCAGAGUGCCGAGAGUGCGUGUACUGCAAGAGCGGAAAGAGCAACUUAUGCAUCAAAGUCCGAGCUACGCAAGGCCAGGGCGUCAUGCCCGAUGGCACACCGCGUUUCAAGUGCAAGGGCCAGGAUGUUUACCACUUCAUGGGUACCUCCACCUUCUCUCAAUACACCGUUGUGGCGGACGUCUCUGUCGUGGCAGUCAACCCCCAAGCUCCGCUAGACAAAGUAUGUCUUCUGGGCUGUGGUAUCACCACGGCAUGGGGUGCUGUCACCAAGCUUCCGGGCGUUGAGGGGAGCACAGUUGGCGUGUUCGGGUGUGGUUGUAUUGGGCUCGGUGUUCUGAAUGGCGCCCGCUUUAAGAAGGCAUCCCGGAUCAUUGCCAUUGACACCAAUCCGAAGAAGAAGGAGUGGGCUGAGAAGUUCGGUGCGACCGAGUUCGUCAACCCCACGGACUUGCCGGAAGGGAAGAGGAUCCAGGAUCACCUGGUCGAGAUCACAGAUGGUGGUCUCGACUUCACGUUCGAUUGCACCGGAAACGUCAAUGUCAUGCGCGCUGCUCUCGAGGCAUCCCACCGUGGUUGGGGUGUCAGCACCGUCAUCGGUGUUGCUGCCGCCGGCAAGGAGAUCUCCACUCGCCCCUUCCAGCUCGUCACUGGCCGCACAUGGCGUGGCACCGCUUUCGGCGGUAUCAAGGGUCGCACCGAGCUUCCGGGCCUGGUGGAAGACUACCUGGCAGGCAAGAUGAAGGUUGAUGAGUACGUCACUCAUCGUCGUGAGCUUAGGGAUCUGGCUGCGGGUUUCGAUGACAUGCAUGACGGCGAGUGUAUCCGCUGCGUUGUUGACAUGACGAAGGUGUAGACAUGUGAUGUGAGCAUGCAUCUGUCGUACCGAUAUUCGGGUUGAUGUUGAGGAAAACAAGAAUCAUUUCCCACUUGUGAAAUUAAAUAGCAAAUGGAAUAACAGUCUGAC